ACGACAGCUCGCUGAGCUCUGGCAUCGUAGCAGCCAUCGCAGCGCAGCACCGCCCCGCCAAAGCACGACGCAUCGUGGUCGUGCGCCAACCCAUUGAUCCAGACAGCUUCACCAAGCAUACCCAUCUGCUGGUUCAAGAUGCCGGCCUACAACUCCAUCUUCAAUGAGGAUCCCAAUACGCCUCGCCUAGUCGGCAACUUCCCCCUCCUCCCUCUCCGCACAAAGACUCGCGGGCCAGCGUACGCCCUCGCCCCGUCAUCGCUGCCGCCCAACGAGUCGCCCGACCCCGAUGACGAGAGCUACGACAUCCUCGACGAGGUGCUCGCCCUUUUCCGCGCCAACACCUUCUUCCGCAACUUUGAGAUCCAGGGACCCGCCGACAGACUGCUGGUAUACGGCAUCUGGUUCGUGAGCGACUGUCUGAGCAAGAUCAAGCCCGGGGCGGACGCGCGGACGGCACAGAAGGAUGUCAUGAACCUCGCCCUGGACAACAACUUUGCCAUUCCCGGGGAUCCGGGGUGGCCGCUGAACCAGAUGUACGAACCCCCGCGGGACAGGCAGGACGCAGAGCAGCUCAAGCAGUACAUGUCGCAAGUACGCCAGGAGCUCGCCACACGAUUACUCGCCCGCGUGUACCACGACGACGAGACGAAACCCAGCAAGUGGUGGCUGAGCUUCACCAAGAGAAAGUUUAUGGGCAAGGCGCUGUAGAGUGGGGAGCAUUAGCAUCGGUGCAGGCGUAGUCGUAUACAAUGA